AUGAGUGUGAACAGCCUGUUUGAUACGCAGUUUGUGGUGAAGGAGAUUGAUCCUGAUGGCAAAAAGUUUGACAGGGUCUCGCGUGUGAUUGCCACGUCGCCGACGCUCGACAUGACGCUGUCGAUCGAUAUUGCGACGGACAUUUACCCCGUGCACGUCGGCCAGCAGCUGGCGUUCCUGCUCGUGUCGUCGCUGCGUCGCGACAAGGCUGAGAGCGACAGCGCUGCGGACCGCGAUGCGUGGCGUCUCGACCAGGACGACACCUCGCUCGCGAGCGGGUACGACUAUGUCAUGUACGGCAAGAUUUUCAAGUACGACGAGCGCAGUACCGAGCAGGUAUCUGUCUACGGCUCCUUUGGCGGCCUGCUGAUGGCCCUCACCGGCUCGUUCCGCCAUCUGAGCAAGAUCACGGUCGGCGCGAACGUGUACCUCCUCCUGCGCUAA